AUGAAGCAUGUUUUACGUGCUGCUCAUUAUCCGAAUUUAGAUAGUCUUGCUCUUUAUAAUAUUGAUGAAGAAUCAAUUCGAGGUCUUUUUACUGAUAAAACAUAUGAUUAUAAUGAAUUAAUUCCACCACUUCUCUAUCGAAUGUCAAAUCAAGAAAAACUUAGUUUGUAUCUUCUAGUUUAUGUCAAUGAAACAUUUAUUGAUGGAAAUCAUUUGAAGAGAAACAUUAUUAAUCGUAUGCCAAGAUUAAAUCAAUUCACAUUUUAUAUUCGUUCAUCUAUUUAUGCUGAUAAUGUAUUCAAUUUGCCAUCGACACAAGAUAUUCAACGCACAUUCAUUGACUUUCGAAAUAAUGAAAUUAUUUCUUAUGUUAAUUAUUUUUCAGAAGCAAAAGAAGUGUCAUUAUAUGAUGAAUAUCCAUUUGAACAUGAAAUUUUUCUUCGAAUUGUUCAAUCAUUUCCAUUUAUGGAACAAUUAACUAUGAUUAAUCAUGCAUGA